CUUAAGUAGUAAGCACUUUCUUACUCCAGAGCAGCAGCAGCAGCAGCAGCAGCAGCAGCCAGAGACCGACCAGAAUAUCCAGAAGGAAUCAAAUUGAUUCCCAGAGGAGAGAAACUCAUUGGAGAUGUGGAAGUCGGUGGUGGGGCACGAUGUGUCUGUUUCUGUGGAGACACAAGGUGACGACUGGGAUACAGAUCCUGACUUUGUAAAUGACAUCUCUGAGAAGGAGCAGCGGUGGGGAGCCAAGACCAUUGAGGGCUCUGGAAGAAAAGAACACAUCAAUAUCCACCAGCUGCGGAACAAAGUGUCAGAAGAACAUGAUGUCCUCAAGAAAAAAGAGAUGGAAGCAGGGCCCAAAGCAUCCCAUGGGUACGGAGGCAGGUUUGGGGUAGAAAGAGACAGGAUGGACAAGAGUGCACUGGGCCAUGAGUAUGUUGCUGAUGUGGAGAAACACUCAUCUCAGACAGAUGCUGCUAAAGGGUUUGGGGGCAAAUAUGGAGUUGAGAGAGACCGGGCAGACAAGUCAGCAGUAGGGUUUGAUUACAAAGGAGAAGUGGAGAAACACACAUCUCAGAAAGAUUACUCUCGCGGCUUUGGUGGUCGCUAUGGGGUGGAGAAGGAUAAACUGGACAAGGCAGCUGUUGGCUAUGACUACAAGGGGGAGACAGAAAAACACGAGUCCCAGCGAGAUUAUGCCAAAGGCUUUGGUGGUCAAUAUGGGGUACAGAGGGACCGAGUAGACAAGUCAGCAGUCGGGUUUGAUUACAAAGGAGAAGUGGAGAAACACACAUCGCAGAAAGAUUACUCCCAGGGCUUUGGUGGUCGCUAUGGAGUAGAGAAGGAUAAAGUGGACAAGGCAGCUGUUGGCUAUGACUACAAGGGGGAAACAGAAAAACACGAGUCCCAGCGAGAUUAUGCCAAAGGUUUUGGUGGUCAGUAUGGGGUCCAGAAGGACCGAGUAGACAAGAGUGCGGCCGGCUUCAAUGAGAUGGAAGCUCCAACUACAGCAUAUAAGAAGACCACCCCCACAGAAGCUGCUUCUAGUGGAGCCCGUGGACUGAAGGCGAAAUUUGAAUCCAUGGCAGAAGACAACAGGAAGCAGGCAGAAGAGAAACAACAAGAACGAAAGUUGGUAACAAAGAAACCUGUAGUGCCUAUUCCAAUCCCCAAGAAAAUCCCCUCAGAGGAAAGGUCUCAGGGAGAGAGCUGUCCACCAUCCAAGAUAGCACCCAUGACAACGCACAAAGAGCUUCCUCCGGUGCCAACCGUGCCUUCAAAGAGGACUCCCCCAGAGAACAAUGAGGGGCCAGAUAAUGAGGAGGCCCCAGCACUGCCCCCCAGGACUCCUGAUAGGUUCCAGAUCCUAGAGGAGCCAGUCUAUAAACCAACCCCAGAGCCAGAGCCAGAGCCAGAGCCAGAGCCAGAGCCUGACAAUGACUAUGAAGAUGUGAUGGAGUUGGAAGAGCCAGACCUGGGUGAAGGUCAAGAGAAUGACUAUGAGGAUGUAGAACAGUGUGAAGAAGGUGCAGGUGACUAUGAGGAUGUCCUGGAGCCUGAAGGGCCCUCAUCACCUCCCCGUUCUGCUGGAAUUGCUGGCACUGGAUCCAAGGCUGAAUCAAAGGCAAUCUCAGCCAUUGCCCUGUAUGAUUACCAAGGAGAGGGCAGUGAUGAGAUAUCCUUUGACCCAGAUGACACCAUCACUGACAUCGAGAUGAUAGAUGAGGGCUGGUGGCGGGGACGUUGCCAUGGUCGCUUUGGCCUCUUUCCAGCAAAUUACGUCCAACUCAUUCAAUGACCCCCUCUGCCUUUAUCCUGUGAUCUGUCUCAAUCACUCGUUUAUCUAACCUCUUUUCGUUUGCCUCACCCUGCUCCCACCAAGAGCUUCUGCCUUGUGCUCUGCCUUGCACUAUCAAAUUAACAAGCAUUGAUUAAAUGCCUACCGUGUGUCAGGCACUGUGCUAGGCACUGGGGAUACAGAGGAAGAAGUGAAGAUCCCUCAGGGGGAUACCAUUCUAUCGGAGAAGAGAGGGGAGCUGGAAUAGACACAUACAAUUACAUACAAGAUUGGUACUAGAUCUGAGGUGAUUUUUGUGGGGGGGCAUACUGGGAGAGGGGGACAGAGAAAUAAAAAGUCAGCCUUUUCUGUUCCUCAAGCCACUGGGUAGACUAAACAGAUCGAGAGAAACAGAAUUUAAUAUUGUCUGGCCUUCCCAUCUCUUCCCCCAACUUCAGCCUGCCUCUCCUCUCCCAGGGACUCCUUCAGCCCAAUCCCAAGACUUUCUUAGUUCCCCAUCCGAGCUCAGGGUUUCUUGCUCAUGGAAAAAGCAAGGCAGUGCUGAGAUGACAAGUGCUAGUGUGUCCCUUCCCUUCCCUUCCAUGGUUUUUUAACUGAACCUGCUGCUUGGAACUGAAAAUAAAGUGGUUCUUGGUUUUUG